AUGUCAGCAAAUGGUAACUGGACUACAAACACUCAGGAAGCUGAAGACAAACGUAUCGAUGAUAUAAAACUAAACAACGAUCCAAAAGGUGUUCUGAGAACAAGUGGUCGUGGGCCGUCAGCCCUAGCCCUGGGCUCUAAGCCUGAACCAACAAUCUACUUGCUACGCUCCAGUACAAGAAUAGUAGCGCAGAUGAGUGCAUUUCCUGGAAUGAAUUAUGGGAGAUUGCCACUCAACCCCGCCGAUCUGUUCAUUCCUGCGGGGAUACUUGUUAUCCAACAGCAUGGGAUAGCCUUAUCGAUCCCGGGUCCCUUUCCCGAGUUUCCACCGACCCAACCGCGACAGCAGUCCGGCGAGAGCCUAUUGGCAACGUCCAAUCUGAUUGGCGAGACGGAGCUGUCGAAACAUUCUAGCCAGGCAACUGAAACCUCGUGCGAUGCAUGUGUAUAUCUAGUUGUGCUUGCAGAAGGCCUUCGUGCCGCCGAGUUAACCCCGAAGAUCACGGCCAAGCAUUCGAUCCCUGCCAACUCCGGCCGCGUCAUUGUUAGCCGCCAGAACAAGCCUUCAAGUGACAGCACAAGCCUAGUGUCACGCUAA